CGCGGUGGUUGUUUCCAUUCUGGAACUGUUUCCACAACUGUUUGUGCGCCGACCGGGGCUGAUGUCCAACUUCCGGGAUCUGCUGCGGCGGCUUGAAGAAGCGCAUGAUCAAGAGCUUAGUCAGCUGAGAGAGGAGCUCCGACAGACACGAUGGGCGAGUCGCAAGCAGACGAUGACCAUGAGCAUGGACGGUCUCUUUGAUGAGUCCACAAAGGAGGCUCUGCGUCAGCUUGCAGAGGAGGGUGAAAAAGAUGGCGGAGAAGAUGACAAAGACAAGGAUGCUGAUAUGGUUGGAAGGACGUCUUCUUUAUGGAAAAAGACAACCUUGGAGAUUUUUCCUGAAUGGGAAGAAGACACAGGAAGGCAAGCACCCAGUGUGAUUCUCGCACGCAAGUCAUCCCUGGAGAAUGAAGAGAACCGACAUGGAUUAGACAAACCUGGCGGUCUAUGCUACGCCAACGGAGUCUUUCGACCUGAGGUGCACUUGGUCAUUAUCUGGCAAUUGGUGGGUGUUUUGGUCCUAGGUUUUGACACUUUGUGGGUGCCGAUGGAGGUCUUCCCGCAAGAUCCAAGCGCAGCCUUCGCUUGGGUACAGGGACUCACAUCCUUCUACUGGUUCCUGGACAUUUUCGUCAAUAUGAACACUGCCAUAUACUCCGAGAAAGGAGAGAUUGAUAUGCGCCGUUGGCACAUCGUCCGUGCUUAUGCUCGGUCAUGGUUGAUUUUUGAUGUGCUCUUGAUCAGCCUGGAUGUUUAUGCCUACAUGGCGAACUUGUUCAAUCCUGAUAGUACAGCAGCUGGUGCAGCCAGAUCUGGAAGGAUUGCAAGGUUUAUGCGAAUUAUCCGCUUGCUACGCUUGGUACGUUUGGCCAAGCUGAGGCAGCUCCUUUUCGCUCUGCAGAGUCUCAUUGAUUCCGAGUGGGUGACUUUAAUGCUGGCUGUUGUGCGGAACCUCGCGGUGAUUUUGCUUUCCAAUCACUACAUCGCUUGCCUUUGGUUCUUGAUCGGCACCACCGGCCACGAUGCGGAGGCAGAUUGUUGGGUGCCUAGAGAAGGGAUUCAGGAUGCCGAGAUGUCAGUGCAGUAUAUGGUUUCGAUUCAAUGGUCCUUGGCACAGUUUACACCUGGAGCCUCGUUGAUUCAAGUUAGAUGCCGGAUUGAGCGUGCAUACUAUGUAUUCGUCCUCGUGUAUGGGCUGGUUCUGGGCACCUGCUUUGUCAGUAGUAUCACUACGAUUAUGAAUGCAGUGUGGUCACUCACACGCUACAACACAUCCCAGAACUUCCUUCUGAAGAAGUUCCUCAAAGAGAAUGCAGUUUCGCGGAACCUGUCUAGCAGAAUCUUGAGGUAUGUGGAUUAUGUUCUUGAGUUGCGACACAGGAGAACACAUCAUUCGAAGGUUCACUACCUUCAGCUCUUGUCUGGUCCUCUACAUUGGGAGCUCCAAAGGGAGAUUCACUCCCACACGCUGAACCAACAUCCAGUUUUUGCUCAAUACUCGGCGACAGCUUCUCCAGCCAUUUCUCAGAUAUGUGCAACAGCACUAUCCAAUAUAAUCUAUGCAAAGAAAGACAGAGUGUUUCACCAGAGUAAGGAGGCAAAGGAGAUGUAUUUUCUGGUUUCUGGAGCGUUCGUGUACUAUGUGAAGGUAACGAUUAAUCGGAGGGAAAUUCCUUUGACGAUCCAGCUGGAGCAAAACAGCUGGAGCUGCGAAGCAGCUUUGUGGUUGGUUUGGCGCACACGUGGAGAGAUGAGGGCUCUUGCAGAGUCUGAUGCUUUGGUGGUGAACUCGAAGAAGUUCCGUGAAGCUUCCCUCGCCUACCCAGCGGCUGCAGCUCUGGGCCGUGCUGCUGCGCAAAGCUUCUAUGAUCAUGCAAUGGAACUUUCCACAACCACCGAGUUUGGCCUUCUUGAUGUGCCAGCAGAGGUGGUAUCUGCCACGCAAAGCCUGGACGGCCAAGGAAGUGAAGUCUUGGAGAUCCAUCGAGAGCUCCAACGUGCUGAACUUCAAGAAGCCAAGUCUUCGCGUCCACCGGAGUUUUGGGCCUCCUGGGAAACAAGCCAUCAAAAGAAGGAAAUUAACACCAAGAAAUCGGAGCAAGAAGAUGUUGCUGCUGCAUCUCCAGAGGCGAAGCCUUCUGAGGAAUCGAGUGCAGGAGAAGCAAGCCCGAGUGUUCAGACAUUCGCAGAUACCACGCCGGUAGGUUUGUCUGUGUGAAGCAUUUGAUGGAGGCAUUCAUGCACUGGGGGUUCCAUCUCCGGAGAAGUUUGGAUCCUGGUUUGAUCAGGAAAUGGACCCUCCAGAAUAACACAACCCUCAUGUCCGCUUCUUUGAACAGACAAAAUUCAUAUGCACAUUUUGCGCUUAACGGAUGCUCUGCUAAUGUAGACCGUCCAUCUCAGAGAUUUUCCAUUGCUGGCUAGGCUGCUAGCGUUCCAAGCAACAGCAGACUUGGAAGCGAGUAGGUGAAUCGCUGGAAGA